AUGAGCAUCAACAAGGACCUGCCUGGUCUCGACAGCCAAGAUACGCUUCCGGUGGUCUCCAUUUCGGCCUCGCAAUCAUUGAACGCGUCGGCGGCAGUUGGAGACCCAAUCCCUACAGGGCUACCGCGCCUCGACGAGGCGUUAGAUGACUCGCCUCCAGACCUGCGGCGGCUGGGUGGGAUCUUGCGUGGGCAAGUGACGGAGGUAUUUGGUCCGCCUGGUGUAGGGAAAACCUCGUUUGCGCUAAGCGUGGCAUCGCAUGCCCUCCGCGAUGGCGGGAAAGUGGCUUGGAUCGACACCGGAGCCCCCGUCCCGUCUUGCCGGUUUGAGGCCAUGGCACCAACCUUGGACAAAGUGAUCUAUUUCCGGGCACCAACGUUGCCUCAUCUCCUGGCUUUACUCAUGCGUCCACCAACAGGAUUCCCGCCAGAAGAGACAUCUCUCAUCGUGAUUGACUCUGUAUCUUCCUUGUUUCCAUCCUAUUUCCCUCAUCCUGCCGAGUUGAAGGAUCGCCUCACCCAUGGCAAAAUCACCGAUAAGGCCCAACUGCAAUGGCUCCUGAAUCGUAAAUGGAAUAUUGCCAGCGAAUUGGCAACACACCUGACACGCCUGGCCACUCGUAACACCGCCGUCCUCGCCAUCAACCAGACGCACACGAAGAUCAAAGGCCAGCCGCGCGCAACCCUGCACCCCGUUUUGGCCGGCGGCGCUUGGGAAACGAGCGUGCAGACGCGGAUUGUUCUGUACCGCGAUCUACCGGAUCUGCGAUUUGCGGAAAUCACCAAGCGCUCCGGGAGAACAUUACCAGUUCGAUUGGCGGAGCUGAUCGUGCCCUUCCACAUUGAAGCCGAUGGUCUCCAUGAACCAAAAACCCCCGAAGCACUAAAACCCCCCGAGAUUCCCGAAAUCACCCCGAGCCGGAAACGAAAAGCUCAAAAUGAAAUCGCCGAUAGUCAGGAUGAAGAUUCGGAGGAAGAGUAUCAGUGGAUGGACGAGGCCUUGCUGGACAACAACUGA